UCUAAGCUCUCAUGUCUUUAUAUAUACCACCACUUCUGCUCCCGGCUUCUUCACAAAGGCCAGUACUUACAAUAGAGCAAUAUUGAGCUAGCUUGCUUAAUUCCUCAUGGCCACCCAAAAAAAUGGAAAUUUUCCAACAGUUUGUGUUACAAAGUCCCUGUCUGUUCACCCAAAAUCUUUGCAACCACAACAAAUUCUCAGUCUGUCCAAUUUGGAUAGGCAGUGUCCACUGCUUAUGUACUUAGUUUUCUUUUACAAACCAACAAGUGUUUAUCAAAAUUUAUCUCUUGAUUUGGUUUUUAGUAAGUUAAAAUCAGGCUUGGAGGAGACCUUGUCAGUUUGGUACCCGGCUGCAGGUCGUUUGAGCUUGAAUCCAAAUGAUGGGAAGCUCAAUAUUUGGUGCAACAACAAAGGUGCAAUUCUGGUUGAGGCGGUGACUCAAGUCAAGAUUUCUGAGCUGGGUGACCUCUCUCAGUAUAAUGAAUUCCUGGAGAAAUUGGUUUACAAGCCUGUUUUUAAUGGAAAUUUCGCUGAGAUGCCUCUAGUUGUUGCUCAGGUGACGAGGUUCGGUUGUGGGGGCUAUUCGGUCGGAAUUGGUACGAGCCACUCGUUGUUCGAUGGACCGGGUAGCUAUGAUUUUCUUCGUGCAUGGGCUUCUAAUUCUGCUAUUAUGAAAGACAAGGGAGGAAUUGAGGUGCAUAAACCAGUGCAUGAGAGAGGUAGGAUGAGAAUGACAAAUUCUCAUGUUGCAAAAUCAGCUAUGGCGCCUAGGGCUGCAGCCAUAGAUCAUCUAUAUAUGUUGAUAAAAAAUGCUCUUGGAGCUGGACAAAACCUUUCUGAGAUGGGAAAUAUGAAUUAUGUUACCAAAACUUUCCAUCUUUCUGGUGCAAUGAUCGAGAGUUUCAAGAGGAAAAUCUUUGGCCAAGGGAGAGGUAACUUUUCAUGUUCAUCCUUUGAAUUGGUUGCAGCUCACCUCUGGAAGGCAAGGACUAAGGCCGUGGGGGUGAAGAAGGAAGCAAUAGUUUGUUUGCAAUUUGCUGUGGACACUAGGAACAAGAUGGUGCCACCACUGCCAAAAGGUUUCAGUGGCAAUGCUUUUGUGUUAGCCUCAGUUGCACUAACAGCUGGAGAACUGGAGCAAGGUAGCCAUGAGGCCAUUGUUGAGAAGAUUAAAAAGGCCAAGAACUCUAUCAAUAAUGACUAUGUGAAUGCAUACAAUGAGGCACUUGAAGGACCUCAGGGUACUCUCCCUCCCCUCAAGGAGCUCACUCUAGUUUCUGAUUGGACAAGGAUGCCAUUUCACAAGGUUGAUUUUGUCCAUGGAGAAGCAGGUGCUGCUUCUCCACUGAUUUCUCCAAUCCCACAGGUGGCAUAUUUCAUGCAGAAUCCAACUGAUGUUAAGGGCAUUGAUUUGAGGAUUGGUCUUCUUCCACAAACUGUCAAUGCUUUCUCUCACUACUUCCUCAACAAUCUGCAUUAAUAAUUAAUAAGCUUCACAGCUCACUGAUCUCUUUUGUUUCAAGUGGGGUGUAAACUGUAAAGCCAAUAUGGCUGAAAUUUAAUUAGGUUUUCGUGAAAAGAUUAUUAGAGAUAAGAUAAAUGAUUAUUAUUAUCCUGAUAAAGAUGUCAUAUACUCAAUUGUCAUCAACAAUUAGUUUUCUUAUACAUAUAUAAUAUUUGACGUGUCGUUUGC